AUGGCAUGGCUUGGCAAUGACCCUGACGACAUCCACAACCCUGGCCAUUCCGAAGCAAAUCCGGGGAGCCGCCAUACUCGAUGCGGCCAAAGUCGCGCCGUUGGGGCUGCAAGUGGUGCGGCGGAAGGUCGGAAUCUCGGAACGCGCGCGGUUGCUCGGAGGCCGCAACGUACAGCGCCGAGCGGCGUGACGUUAAAAAGGUCGGACGCACCGAGCAUCGCAUGGUAUCUGCUGUCGCUCACUGUUUCCUUCUUCUCCAAAAUGUCCCACCCGCUCGCCAUCCUCUCCGAGGCCGAGACCAACCUGGCCCGCGAUGUCGUUCGCGCCGCCCAUCCUAACACAGUUAUCGACUUUCGGGAGAUCUACCUCCAGGAGCCCCCCAAGACCCAGCUGCUGGAGUUCCUCGCCCUCGAACAUGCCGGGCGCCUGAGCCCGACAACGCCACGCCCACUUCGUCUGGCCCUGUGCCAGUACGACGUAAUUGGGGCCGACCGGAUUCCUCAGUAUCACGAAUCUGUGGUUGAUCUCGUGGCUCGCGCUCGCGUGAAGCAUAGCAUUGUCGGCAAGCAACAUCAUGCCGCACUCACCUUGAGCGAAUUCGAUGUUCUCGUAGAGCGAUGUAUGAAUUCGCCCUUGUUUCAGAAGGCACUCGCGGACUUCUCUCUGCCAGAAGGCUUUGAGGUGGUCAUUGAGCCAUGGCCGUACGGUGGGUUGGAUCACACUGAUGAAAAUCGCCGCUUCUUCCAGGGUCUAUGUUUCGCCCAGGACAAGCGAUCCGGCAAUCCAGACUCCAACUUUUACUCGUUCCCUCUCCCCAUCAUCCCAGUGAUGGAUGCCCACACCCAGCAGAUCAUUCGGGUCGACCGUCCAGCCACUGGUGGCAAAGGAGAUGGUCUCCAGGAACAAACUUUCAAGCAGGAUAUUAUCGGUCACUGCAAGCCCUCAGAAUACGUGCCGGAAUUGUUGCCAGAAGGGACAAGGAAGGACCUCAAGCCUUUGAACGUCGUGCAACCUGAAGGACCUUCCUUCCGCGUCAUAAACGAGUCCCUGGUGGAGUGGCAGAAGUGGCGUUUCCGCGUAGGUUUCAACCCGCGUGAGGGUGCCACCAUUCACGAUGUUUGGUAUGACGGUCGCAGCGUGAUGCACCGACUGGCGAUCAGCGAGAUGACUGUCCCAUAUGCGGAUCCUCGACCCCCAUUUCAUCGCAAGCAGGCCUUCGACUUUGGCGAUGGCGGUGGUGGCAACAUGGCCAACAACCUCUCUCUGGGUUGUGAUUGCCUGGGUGUGAUUAAGUAUUUCGAUGCGGUGAUCACGCAAGCCGAUGGUACCGCGCAGAAGCUUCCCAACGCCAUCUGCCUCCACGAGCAAGACAACGGCAUUGCUUGGAAACACUCCAACUGGCGCACGGGUCGGGCUGUGGUGACUCGGAACCGGGAGCUCGUAGUCCAGUUUAUCAUUACCCUGGCCAACUACGAGUACAUCUUCGCAUACAAGUUCAACCAGUCAGGAGAUAUCACCGUCGAGGCUCGCGCGACUGGCAUUCUGAAUGUCGUCAACAUUGACGCGGGCAAGGUCAGCGACUAUGGCAACGUCGUCAGCGGGGGCGUUCUGGCACAGAACCACCAGCACAUCUUCUGUGUCCGCAUUGAUCCAGCAAUUGAUGGACAGAGGAACUCGGUCUUGGUGGAAGAGUCGCAUCCAGCCCCCAUGAACGCGGUCACCAACCCAAAUGGCAACUUCUACCGGGUCCAGAAGCAGACUGUCGAGCAGGCCUCCUGGUUUGAUGCGGCCCCCGAACUGAAUCGGACGGUCAAGAUGAUCAACCCGCACAAGAUCAACCCCAUUAGUGGGAACCCCAUUGGAUACAAGUUCAUCCCCAUGGCCACCCAACGGCUCCUCGCCGAUCCGGAAUCCGUGCAAGCCCGCAGAGCACAAUUUGCCCAGCACCAUGUCUGGGUCACAAAGUAUCGUGAUAAUGAGCUGUAUGCUGGCGGUCGGUACACCCUCCAGAGUCAAUUCGAAGUGGAUGGUGUCGCCGACGCCGUGCGACGUGGCGAGUCGGUCGCCGACACCGAUGUCGUGGUUUGGAACACAUUUGGCAUCACCCACAACCCUAGGGUCGAAGAUUGGCCUGUCAUGCCUGUGGAAACCUUCCAGCUCAUGAUCCGCCCGGCAGACUUCUUCGUCGAGAACCCUUCAAUCGAUGUCCCCUCCAACAAGAAUGUAUCGUCGCGGCUCGCCGACUCAGAAUGCUGUCGAAAGUCUCACAUCUAG